AUUGAAUCAUUAAUUUUUAUUGAUCUAAUUCACGGUUAGAAUUGUGGAAUAGAUACCUUAGGACUGUAGUUGUGCCCCCUUCCCGAAUCCCCAGAACUGUUGGAUAAAAAAGAACGCGGGAAUUCCUCAAAAGCAAUUGACCGGCCCUUUACGCCAUCUAUUGAAAAAGGAGAACCACCCCAAUUAAACUCCAACCUAUACACCCCCAACUGCCCCCCUAAAUAACAACCACACCUUCUAAAAUCCUCAAUAUGAUCAUUUCUAAGAAAAAAUACUUGGAAAAAUUCGAUUUGACCCCAAAAUUCAUCGCCUACAUUGAAGAAGUUUCCGAUUGUCCCGUCGAAUCAUUACCCGAGGUGCUCUCAAGAUAUGCUGCCAAUCUGUGGGAAAGACCAAGGGGAGACCUCAACCAUUGGGUCACGGUGCUCAACCGGUUCGACCUGUUGUUCGAGCUGUGCAUAGCCAAAUAUCAUCUCGAUGACGAGUUCCCUUCCUUGGUGGCAAUCUCGUCUCUGGACAGACGGUUACUCAUCUCAUGUUUACAAUUCACCACCUUACUUCUUGAACAUUGUACCAGUCGGUUGAUUUACAACUCGGCCGAACGGCUCUACUGCUUGAUCAACACUGUGGAUGUGGACUUGCGUUUGGCGGCUCUUGAAACGUGUGCCGCCAUGGCUGAACGGUUUGAUCUUCCUCCACCUUCGAAAUAUCGGGCCCCAAAGGCGGUCCGUAUGAAAGUCUUGAAGAUUGCCAAGAUGUACCCACCCUUGGUGCCGAUAACUUUUAUUCAACGUGAAGUUUCCCGCAAGGAUUCUGAAGAAGAAAAGAAGAAUUCUGGUGAACAUUUCAGUUUAUUGGAUUCUAUCACGGGGAAGAAGUAUCCAGGGAAAUGGAGACUGAUCAAUUUCCAAUAUUUCAAGUCGGAGGAUGAAUUGGAGACUGAAAAAUCAAACAAGAAAAAGAAAAAGAGUAAGUCGUCUGACAAGUCUGAAACCAAGUCUAAGAGUAAGUCUGACAAUUCCAAAUCAAAGCCUACUGAUUCUGAUGAAUUGUCUUCUUCUAGUCUUUCUUCCUCUUCUUCAGGUCUCACCACAUUCUACCUUUCUGAAUCCAACGUGAAAUCAAUGUCUCUCUCGCAAAUCUACUCCAAGGGAUCUCUGGUCAUCCCACCUCAUCUCUGGUUUGAAUUUGCCCUUCAUGCACAAAUCGCCAAAUCUUUCAGCACAAAAUCCCCAGAACUGAUGGACCUUCGAUGUAAACUUCUCCGCAUGAAGUGUCUCCUGGUGGCCUUCAUCCGAUGCAUGUGUCUGACCGACUUCACCCUGUCCCAUUUGUUUGAACUGCAACCAUUUGUGUUUAGUUUCCUCGUGGACUUGAUUCUGCCCGAACACUCUACCAAGGUGCCUCAUGAGGUCUACCUAGCUGCGGUCAAGGCCCUUGAAUGUAUUUCUCUCAAACGUGGGAUCUGGGGUAGUGACCUCAUCCGGUGUCUUGGAGGGAACGUCAACCACGGUGUUCUCUUCCAAUGCAUCCGUCACAUCAACCGCAAGGUUGUCCAAGAAGACCCACAAUGCUUUGAAAAGGGAUACAUUCAAUUCUUCAACAUGUUGGGCAAUCUCAUUGAAACCAGAGCCCUUGUCCCACGGUUGACCUCUGCCGGUCUUUUGAAAGAAUUGAUGAGUUUCUUCAAUGUCAAGUCAAAAUUCAGAUGGUUGACCUCUGCUGCCGUGCAUCUCACCGAUCUUUUGUUCUAUUCGAGUCAGGAAUCGUUGGAUGAAUUCAUCAAUGAAAAUGGGUUCAAGCUUUUGAUUGAAACGAUCCAGUACGAGGUGAACUUUGCCUUGGAGAACCCUGACUUUGGCGGCGGUGCCCCGAAGGAUGCAGCAACCGUCUACUACACCAUAACUUUUAGACAACAGAAUUAUAUCCGGAACUUGAUGAAAUUGGUAUGUCAUUUGAUCAAUGCUGAUAUUGGUGAUCGAAUCAGAAAUCUUUUCGAUUCUCCUCUUCUCCAUUGUUUCAAUCAAAUCUUGUUACACCCACAAGUGUUUGGCCCAUUGAUCUUGGCCUCAACCAUUGAUUCUGUGUCAUACAUCAUCCAUAACGAGCCCACGGCAUUCUCCAUUUUGAACGAGGCCCGGGUGUUUGACACAAUCUUGGACAAUUUCGAAACCUUAAUGCAAUUAAGUGACCUUCUCAUGUCCUUGACCGAAGUCUUGUCGGCCAUCUGUCUCAAUAAGGAAGGUUUACAAAAGGUUAUCGACAAGCAAACCAUCCCAUCGUUCUUCAAGCUGUUCUACAAUGUUUCCAUUGCCAAGGAGUUGGUGAAAACUGACAUGACCAUCAACAUUGGGUGUUCCAUUGACGAAUUGGGCCGUCAUUACCCGGUGUUAAAGCCCAUUAUCUUGAAGGAAAUUCAGAACCUAGUCAAGCAAUUCCCCUCCUUUGCUAAUAGUCAAUUGAAGGAUGGCAUCCAAUUUUAUAAACUGACGGAGCAAGAAAAUGGAAGUCUCUAUCACGCACCCGAGGAUAAAAUCAUCGAAAAUGAGCCUAAUUCUCUGGAAAUCGAUAAUUGGGACACCUCAGACCUGGCAUACCUCGUCGAUAAUGUCUGCUUCUUCUUUGGUGGGCUACUCCAGGACUCGGGCCAAUGGGGGAACGAUAGCAUCAACACCAUCAAGUAUGAAGAUUGGGCUGCAUUGCUCACCUUGGACAAUGCGCCCUAUGAUUAUCUCACCGCCAAUGGUCUCUCGUCGUUCAUUGGGGUGCUCAAGUACUUUGACGAUGAGAAUAGAGACUAUGGACUCCCAGUUCUUUUCAAAAUGAUCAUUGACCAAAUCAAUUUACCCCUUGUUCAAACGUUUAUCCAUCAUGAUUCCACCUCACAUUCAUUUUUCGAUCAAUACGACGGAGAUGAGGAAAGUGGUACCAUCUUGUUGAAACAACUCAAUGUCUUGUGUGUUAUGUUGUACACCUUGACCGACAUCUACAUCCAACCGGGGCUCAUGUUCAACGAGAGGUACCAUCAAGUGAGUCAACUCUUUGGAUCGGACGAGGGAAUUUCACUCUUGGAAGAUUUCUCCAAGCUUUUACAACGUUGUGCCCUUGAAGAGAUCUUUAUUAAAUGGAACUUACCGGACCAAGUUGCCGCUCAAACGUCACCAGUGACCGGGAAAACCAUUUCGGACUUCCCCCCAAUCCAAAUUUACAAGUCUGAACCACUGCUGACCCCACCAAAGCAAGAUUAUACGUCGGCCAAAUUCAAGAAUACCUUGCAAUUGAGGUUCUUUAUGCUUCGGUUCCAAACUUAUGUCACCACCGUGUUCACCAGUGUUGCCCGCGUGGCCAUGUUCAAACGUCAAGACUUUGUAUCAUUUGAAUGGAGACGUAACGCCGUUAAAAUCACCCUCAAGUUGGGUGAACUCUUUGCUGAAUUGAUCGACUUACUGCUCCCUUCAGAUAGCCAGAACCACGCGUACCAACUCACCAUGACCAACGUUGUGUUGUACUGCUUAUCCCAGAAGGAAAGAGGCAAGGACGUAGUUCAAACCACAUUGGUGAUGGCAUUGCUCCAGGCGGGUUACUUCCCGAAAUUGGGCAAGAUUGUCAAGUAUGACUUUACAAACUUGAUUAGAAUGUCGAAAGAGGAUGUCGAUCCAGCCAAGAAGUUGACAUAUGUCAGCACCUCGGAGGCACUGUUACAAAGAAACUUGUUGCUGCAAGCCCUUAUGAUCUAUCUGAAAAUUGUUAAUGCCGACUGCUUGCCCAGCUUGCCCUCAGCCAAGUUGUUUUUCUUUCAAGGUUAUGACGGCGCGGCAGAUUCAAACUUGGUGCCUUCUCUUUUAGUCCAGACUAGAUUGUGUGCGUUCCGUCUCAUUGGCCAGAUCAUGGACCCCCUGGGGGACGUGGUUUCGGACGAUUGGGUCAACGAAGAUGGUGUGCGCCAAAUGGUGGCCAACCAUGCCAACAUCCCUUCGUCGGUGGCCGAGCAAUUGGUGACCAUCAACAACCAUUGUUGGAGCGCCCGCAAGGAGAACUUGCUGGUUAAGUACACCCCCUUGACCGUGAAUGGCGUGAUCCCACCACUCUCCCAAAUCAACCAAUUGAUGAACCUGGGGAUGAACCGUACGCAGGCUGAACAUUUCUUCAAACAUGCCAAGGACUUGAGCGGCAUCAAGAAUCGUAAUUGGCCUGGAUGUCCAGAGAUGGGUAUUUCUGAUGAGAAAUGGGAAGAAAUCGCCAACUCCAUCAAUGCCGGAUCGGUGGAUGACAGCGAUGAUAUGUCAUCUGGUGACCGGCUGUCCAAUGCCUUUGUUUCAGACCCAAAGAUGCUCGAGCAACUUCGUCAAAAGAACUUUAGAGAAAUCACCGCCAGAUGGACAAACUUUGUUCAAUUCUUCCCCUCGAGUGUUCCAUCAGUGGCCACUUUUCUUGUCGGGAUGGUGUCUAAGCCAAAGGAGGUUCUUCAAGAGGUGUACCUGACAAUUCUUGAGGUUGCUGCUGAUAAGCCAGACCGAUUGGCAGCCGUCUACCACUUGUUUUGUCUUUUGGUGAAGAGCUGGGAAGAUGUCCCUGUGUUUGAAAAGUUUACUCAGCACAUGAUUUCCCAGUUGGAGAGCCAACCACAAAAUUUCGAAGGUGUUGGUACUACCUCCGCCACACUGUAUGACUGGUUUGCCUAUGGGUUGUCAGUCUUGGAACAAUUUGUGUGUUACAAGACAUACCCUUCAGCCGACCCAGACCUGAUGAACAUUUUAAACAAACAGAUACUCGACCUGAAGGUUUUCACCAUGACCGACGACCAAAACCAGCGGUUGUUGGCUGGGUUACUCCAACUCAAGGAUAUUUCUAACGUGAAGACGGCCAUUGCCGUGGCCAGACUUCUUGUCUUGUACAGCCGUGAGUACUCACAAGCGGUACAGAUCUCAAGCUCACCACUCACGCGCGAACUCAUUCAGUCGGUGCAGCGGUUUGUUAAGGAAAACGAACUGUACCUGAUGCUUCAGACCACAUUGAUUGUUCUUUGCAGAAGAUGUUUCGAGACAACCGAGGUGUUGCAAAUGAACAUGAUUGCCGAAUUGCCCGGCUACUUCAAGGCAUUGUACGGCGAGACCGGGCUUUACUCGGUGUUGAACGAAACAGCAUCGUUGGCCCUUCGGGAACCCAACGUUUAUUUGGAUACGAUGCUGAAGGAGGUGAUCAUGGAUGGGUAUGACGGUGGUACCAUUGAUGAUAUUAGUAUGAUUCAGUUGUCGUUGAAGAAGAAGGAUAAGGAGAGAGAUGCGGCGCAAGCUGCUGGUACCUCCAGUUCUAUUUCUGAAGAUGUGGAGAUGCUUGACGCUGGAUUGGGACCUUCACCCGUCGGUACCGGCUUGAUGCACAUUCUUGUCAAUGAAUUGAUGAAGGUGAGCAAGAAUGAUUGGGUUUCUGACCCAAAGGUGGACGAGGAACUGGGACCUGCCACGCCUGAGGCAUUGGCUUCCGCCUCGGCCGUGUUCAAGAACCCACACUUUGCAUAUGCGUGUUUCCUUCUCCAGACCAUCACGGAGCUUCUUGCGUCGUACAAACAGUCGAAAUUUGAAUUCAUCACUUUCUCCAAGAAGAAGGUGUCCAAUGAACAUCUCAAGCCAAGACCAACGGCGCUCAAUUUCAUUAUUCAUCAAUUGAUUCCUACCCAACCGUUGGAACAUAAGAAGGGCCCGGAGAAUGAUAGAAAGCUGGCCAUUGCCUCGUUGGCGAAGUUGGCGGUGUUGGCGUUGGUUUCGACGCCUGUGUUAGACGAGAAGAACUCUCCUGUCGCCACCAAGGAGGACCCGGACAUGAUGUAUAUUCGGAAGUUUUACGUUGACAUUUUGCUGAAGAUUUUGAGAGAAACGUCGGACUCGACGCAGCAACCAAUCACGGUGCGAUACUCCAAGUUGAUGGACUUGUGUGAGCUCUGUGGAGCUUUGAUCUCCCCAAAAUUCAGAGACUUAUUUGGCCCCGUGUUGAAUAAAAGCGCCACCAAGUACGACACGUAUUACUUGGCCCGGUCGAUGAUUGACAAGAGUAUCCCACAACAAAUUGGUGGUAUUGUGGCCGAGUUGGAUUUGAACUUCCCCGAGGUCAACCGAGUCGUUAAGCUUUGUCUUCGUCCGUUGAGUUUCCUUGGCAAGAUUAAGCAAGAGUUACAAGAAGAGUUUGAAGAGGAACACCAAGGUGAACGAGACGAGGAUGACGAUGUUUUGGUGGACGAGGAGGACCGAGACGAGACUCCAGAUUUGUUUAGAAACUCCACCUUGGGAAUGUAUGACGCUGAUUCCGAGGAUGAAGACGAGGAUGAUGAGUUUUAUGACGAUGAGGGACCAUUGGAGGUGUUGAUGGAGGAUGAGGUUGUAGGUGAUGAGGACGAUGAUGAUGAUGAUGAUGAGGAUGACGAUGAUGACGAUGAUGACGAAGACGAUGAAGAUGAUGAAGAUGAUGAUUCGGACGAGGACAUGGAUGACAUGGAUGAGGACGAAGCCAUUGAGUUACUUGGAGAAAUCGACAUUGAUCGCGAAAGAGGAGCUGGAGGAUCGAGAGUCGGGUCCAGACGAGGAUCCAUGAUUGUUGAGGACCUCUCGGAUGACUAUUCGGACGAGUUCUCGGACGACUACGAUGAGGAAGAAGGGUCUGGCGACUCCAUCUAUGACUUUGAUGACGAUGAGUCUGUGAGUGAGUACUCUGACGCGGAAUUGGACGGCUGGAUCGAGGCCUUUGAAGAUGGUGAGGACGACCAGCAUGCUGGUGUAAGUGGAAAUCGUAGUGCUGGAGGUGUUGGCGGCGUUGGUGGAGAUGACGACGACGACGCACCGGGCGGCGAUGCAGACAACUUACAUGUUAGCGUUUCCGGUCCAUUCUUUAAUAGUAGCGGACACACACAUCGUGACGAUGAUGUCACUGGAGGUCAUGAAAGUAGUGACGACGGUGAUGACGCGGACGGCGAUGAGGCCGACGCGCUUGGCGGUAGUGAUGAUGAUGAGAGUGGCACUUGGGAUGAAGUGGCUGGAGGAUUCAGCGAUUCACGCCGAAGAGCCAGAGACUUUGCCAAUACAUUUUUCGAUGCGUUGCGCCCCGCUAUGGGUGGAGCUGGUGUGGGUCCCGCGGUAAUUGGAGGAGGAGGUGUCAGUGGCGGCCAGCCCAACAUUGCCAGCAUCUUUGGCGGUCUCUUUAGUGGCACUAACGGCACUGGCGCCACCAACGGUAUGAGAGGACGAAUCCAAGUUGGAGGUCCUGGUGGACCUAUGGGCGGCCGUGGCCGGGUUGAUUACGUGACACGGUUUGUCGACAGUGUGCUUGGCGUUGGUGCCAACAAGCGCAUGGACAAUGAUUCCAACAGCGACCCGCUCAGCAACAUGUACAUCAAAUCGACCAAGGAGAGAUGGAUUGACGGGUUGAAAAUGUACCAGGACUCGAUGAAGAAGGAGUUCACGAUCCGAUUGAUCCCUGGCAUUGUCAACCGCACUGCCGACGAAAGUUUUGCCAUCUACCAAUUGAAGAAGGAGAAGGAACAGGCGUUGAAGAAGGAGCAAGAAGAGAGAAUGAAGAAGAGACAGGAGAUUGAGAGAAUCCGCAAGGAGGAAGAGGCCAAGGAAAGAGAGUUGCAGGCAGCCAACGAGCCGCCAGUGACCAGCGAGCCGGUGAUGGUUAGAAUUGGAGACCGAGAGGUUGACAUAUCGGGGACCGACAUCGACCCUGAGUUUUUCGAAGCACUCCCAGACGACAUGAGGGAGGAGGUUUUCACUCAACAUGUACGUGAGAGAAGAGCCAACGCCACCAGUUCAGGCGGCGAGAACACGCGAGAAAUCGACCCUGAUUUCUUGGAUGCUCUCCCGGAGCAGAUCCGAGAAGAGAUCUUGCAACAGGAGAGUAUGGCCAGAAGGUUCAGUGAGAUGGGAGGCGAUUUGGAAGGAGAUUACGAUGACGAGGAUGACGACGAAGAGGACGGAGAUGACGACGAGGAUGACGACGACGAGGCCAUAGAAGACGACGAGGAGGACGACCUUGCGGUUCGUUCGAUGGAAGGGAUCGACAUGCUGGCGGCUACCGCGGGAACCACUCUCGCAGCACGCCGUAGAAGUAGCACCCAUCGCCGCUCGUCGGUGUCGCUCAAGAAGAAACCCAAGAAGACUUUCUUCACUCCACUUGUCGAGAAGAGUGGGGUUGCUGCAUUGAUUCGUCUUCUUUUCAUUCCUCAACCCAUGAACCAACGAGACACCAUCCAUCACGCGCUUGAGUAUCUCUGCCACAGCAAGCAGAGUCGUGCCGAGGUGAUGGGGCUCUUGAUAUCAAUUCUCCAGGACGGUCUAGCCAACCAGAAGGCUAUGGAAAGAUCUUUCUGUCAAAUCACCGUGAGGGCUAGACGACAAGAAACGUCAAGCUCUCAGCAGUCCAAGAAGGAGCUUGCCACGCAAUUCCCCUUGGGCGGCACGCCGCUGGUGAUUGGAUGCCAAAUCAUCGAGGCCGUGCACCAUCUCCUCAUGCAGAAUGUACACAUGAGAUACUAUCUUUUGACCGAGCAUGAGAAUGUGGUGAAGAAGAAGGAUGUCGCCACUAAGGAGUCCAAGUACCCAAUCAACCAUUUGUUGUCGUUGUUGAACAAUCAGUUGGUUCGCGACGAACAGCCAUUUAUGGACGUGUUGGCCAUGGUGUUGCAGAUCGCCACCAGGCCGUUGAAUUUGUUGAACAAGAGCCGCGCCGCUGACUCUGACGCCAAGUCGAGACCUCCAUUGACCCCACCAGAGAUCCCAGAAAAGAACUUGAGACAAUUGAUCAAGAUUUUGAUCUCCAAUGAUUGUCCAAAGGCCACGUUUAGAACAACCAUCAGUGCCAUGCAGAACUUGAGUGUGUUGGAUGGAGCCCAGAAGGUGUUCUCAGUGGAGCUUUCCGACCAGGCGACUUCCUUGGGGAAGACCUUGAUCGGUGAGUUGACCACAUUAACGAGGGAGAUCUCCAGUGACAAGACGUACGACACCGAGGCCAGUUCGUUUGCCAAGUUUUCAGCCUCGAGCUCGGACCAGGCCAAGUUGUUACGUAUUUUGACCGCCUUGGACUAUAUGUUUGAGAAGAAGGAACAACAGGAAGAUCACGUCACUGAUGAAAUUGAAGAGUUGACUGGAUUGUAUAAGAAACUUGCCUUGGGGACGCUUUGGGAUGCACUUUCGGAGCUUCUCCGAGUGCUUGACGAGAAGCAGGAGGUGACGAACAUUGCCACCGCACUUCUCCCAUUGAUCGAAGCCUUGAUGGUUGUUUGCAAACACAGUAAGGUCAAGGAGAUCCAGAUCAAGGAUGUGUUGAAGUACGAGUCCAAACGGAUUGAUUUCGCCAAGGAACCGAUUGAAAGCUUGUUCUUCUCGUUCACCGACGAACACAAGAAGAUCUUGAACUCGAUGGUGAGAACGAACCCGAACUUGAUGAGUGGGCCCUUUGGCAUGUUGGUGAGAAACCCACGGGUGUUGGAAUUUGAUAACAAGAAGAAUUACUUUGACCGGAUGUUGCACGUGAGCAAGAACGAACAACAGAAGCUUUCCGUUUCUGUGUCCAGAGACCAAGUGUUCCUUGACCUGUACCGGGCUCUUUUCUUCAAGCCACAAGAGGAGUUCCGGAACAGCAAGUUGGAGAUCACGUUCAAGGGCGAAGCUGGUGUAGACGCCGGUGGGGUGACCAGAGAAUGGUACCAGGUGUUGUCCCGACAAAUGUUCAACCCUGACUAUGCGUUGUUUACCCCUGUUGCCUCGGAUGAGACCACGUUCCAUCCUAACCGGACUUCAUUUGUCAAUCCUGAACAUCUUUCGUUUUUCAAGUUUAUUGGUCGAAUCAUUGGGAAGGCCAUCUUUGACGGGUCAUUCCUUGAUUGUCAUUUCAGUAGAGCCGUGUACAAGCGGAUUUUGAGUCGUCCUGUGUCUCUCAAGGACAUGGAGACGCUUGAUCUUGAGUACUUCAAGUCGUUGAUGUGGAUGUUGGAGAAUGACAUCACGGACGUCAUUACCGAGGAUUUCUCGGUGGAGACGGACGACUACGGUGAGCACAAGGUGAUUGAAUUGAUCCCCAACGGGGCCAACAUCCCGGUGACCGAGGAGAACAAACAGGAGUAUGUGAAGCAAGUGGUGGAAUACCGGUUGCAGACCAGUGUCACGGAACAGAUGGACAACUUUUUGAUGGGAUUCCAUGAAAUCAUCCCUAAGGAUCUUGUGGCGAUCUUUGACGAGCAAGAGUUGGAAUUGUUGAUCUCUGGGUUGCCCGACAUCGAUGUGAAUGACUGGAAGAACAACUCCACCUACAUGAAUUAUUCUCCUUCGCUGCCACAAAUCCAAUGGUUUUGGCGGGCGGUGAAGUCCUUUGACACAGAGGAACGGGCUAAAUUGUUACAAUUUGCCACGGGGACUUCAAAGGUUCCAUUGAACGGGUUCAAGGAGUUGAGCGGAGCCAAUGGGACGUGCAAGUUUAGCAUCCAUCGGGACUAUGGAGCCACCGAUAGGUUACCAUCUUCACAUACUUGUUUCAACCAGAUCGACUUGCCUGCGUAUGAGACAUACGAUGAGUUACGUGGGUCCUUACUAUUGGCAUUGACCGAAGGUCACGAAGGUUUUGGAUUAGCUUAGAAGAGAGGAGCUGAAGUUGAAGAAGUAGAAAGCAGUUUGCAAAAGUUCGAUUUUUUAGAUUAGAUAAAGA